AUGCAGGCAAACGGUCCUCAGAUGUCGUACGGGGCCCAGCUGCGGGCCUCGAUGCAGACGCUUCGCGCGAAUGAUGCCCAGUUUGAGCAGUUUACUCGCGGUCUUGGGGCGGUGCUGCAACAGUGGACUGCUCUGCAGCUCGUGGCCCAGCACUGUGACAGCCGAGCCCCCGCUGUGCUGUAUGAGGAUCUGUGCGCUUGGCACCAACGCGACGGAGAGGUGUACUUGGAUGACAUGGAGGUGUACUUCGAGGAGUUCUUUGACAACAUCCGCUUCGUCCGCAUCGAGGAUGAUAGCAUGCAGGAGGUAGGGGCGGUGCUGCAUGACAUGUACUGCCGCUGCUGUCUCAACGAUUUUAGCCUGGUGGAGCACUACCUGCAGACGCUGCCCAUUUAUGCACAGACAAACCCGGUUGCCAUGUCCGUGAACGGUGGCACCACCGAUGACCCCGACAACGAUGCCGAGGGGGACGACGAGGCGGGCAGUGAGGCAGGCUGUGAGGAGGACAUGGGCAAUGGGGAUGAAGAGUCUGAGUUAAUGCAGGGACCGGGGUCGCAGGCUCCGCAGCAGCCACUACAGGCACCACCACGCCAGCAGCAGCCGCAGCAGCUUCAGCGUAGGAAGCGCAAGAAUGCCUCGGUGCGAUCCAAGAAUGGCUGGAACAUUGUUCAGUAG